ACGUCAAACAAAUUCUUAAAAAAGUUCUUGCAUUUUCCAUCUACAUUUUCGUCGGCAUUUUGUUGUUUUCUUUUAUUCUGAUAAAUACGUAUAUAAAUUAGGUACCUACCUUGUUUGUGUUGUGCAAAUUCUGGAGCCUAACAUCAGUUACUUCAUAAAAAAGUUCGGAAAGUAAUUCAGAUAAAAUGAGUUUUGGACUUCCUUCAAUUAAAGUAAAGCCCGAGCAUGCAGUUGACAUUCAAGUUCAUGAAGGGCCAUUUGGUGUACCGGACCCUCUUGUUGCUGGGAUUGGGGGUUCAAAACUCAAACUUGGUACAACACAUCCAUUAGAAGUGUCUGAAAAAAACUACCACUUCAAUGAGGAGAAGAUGAAUAUGGCAAUGCUGCGCAACAUCCAGGGUCUCCAAGCACCUCUGAAGCUGUCAAUGGAAAGGAAGUUUGCUAGCAAGGUUGGUCGCCUUCCAUUCUUACCUAGUUCCAACUUGCAGAGGGAUGUACUUACAGGCAGAUACCUGGACAUAGGCUUCGAAGACAUCCUAAACACAUCGGACCUGUGUGAAGUAGCUGGGCAACCCCAUGCUGUUAUUGAAAGAUCACUUGGAUUAUUGUGAACUAGUUAAGUUGUAAUGUUUUUUCUCUUUUUUGGUAUAUACUUAUAAUAAACUAAAGCAUACUCUCA